AUGAAUGGUCUCAUUGAAUUUGAAAGAAAUCAAACACGUUUUCGCAAUACAAUAAUCGAUACCAGUGAUAAUCAUAAUAAAGCCUUUACAUUAUCUCCAAAAAGCAACGAAAAAUCAAAGCCAAGAUGAAAAGUGUGCCUAUCAAAAGCGUUAGACCAUUGAGUUGUGCAAACUUUUAUGAUGAUGCUUACAUUAUGAGCCCUAUUUGCUGAUGACAUCAGACUUUGGGCAACACCAAUGAGCGUAGAUGAAGAUUUUUACACAAUGACUACUAUUUGCCUAUCUUUCUUUGGUGUUGAAAUUAUACUAUCCUCUAUUUCAAGAGACAACUAUUUUAACAGUUUUUAUUUUUGGCUUGAUAUUAUUGCAACAAUAACGAUGGCCUUCGAUGUUGGCUGAAUUUGAAAUUCGAUGCUUGGGAUAAGUGACGAUGGCAAGCCUAAUCAAGCAGAUUAGAUUAGAUUAGAUUAGAUUAGAUUAUGCCAUUCGCUUUCGCAAGGGCCGGGGAUUUGCACCCCUGCACGCUCAUCAUCCCUGAGGAAUCCCGGCGGACACCUUCCCUGUUGCCGUAAACGAGGUAUUCGCGCACCAGUCUUGACUUCCAUGGCUCCUGGAGUCUGAGGGCCAAAUACCUGGGUCGAACUCCCAGCUUCUCGUUAGGCAAAUCCUCGACACUGGGCAGUUGCUUGCAAGUGUUGAAGAAAUAGGGUCGAGAGGUCGGGUGGUCUGUCGUCACCAUUUUUAUGUAUAUCUAAUCAAGCAGAUAAAACUGCAACCGCUCGCCAAGCUGGAAAAGGUGCAAGAAUUAUAAGAAUCGUCAGAGUUAUUCGACUCAUAAGAGUUGCAACGCUAUUUAAAAUAGCCAAAGCUAUCAAAAAUGCAGCCCGAAGAAAAAGGCCUGAACUCAGACGGCAGAAUGAAAAAUUUGUUAAAGAAAAUUUAAUUACACUCCCACCAAUUGGUGAAUCUUCUCCUCCAGAUAGUUUAAGUGAUGGGCCAGGUUCUGCUUCCCGGUCUUUUUCUUCUGCAGUUUCAGACAAAAAUCAAGAAAAUUCAGCAAUAAUGACAACACUAGCAGAAAUUCUUCCAGAUGAGAAUCAAGAUGCAAUAGAGGCAAAUAAUGCAAAUGAGAAUGUGGAAAUUGAAAAAAGUAACAUCGGAAAGGCACUAAAAGAAAUCACCAUUAAAAGAGUUAUUUUUUUGGUCUUAAUCAUCAUAGUUGUUAUGCCAGUUUUUAAAUCAUCGCUUUAUGAAGACCAAAAUUCAUCCUACCAAUAUGGACUUGAUGUCCUUGAUAAAGUCGGGCACAAUCAUGAAUCAUUUUUAAUCGCUUGGAAUAAUUAUAUUAAAAAGCACAAAGACAGUGUUUAUCCAUUAAUUUAUUUAGAGGUGAAACACAGGAAAAAAUGAGCAACAAGUAUCGACCCUAAAAAACUAAGAAAUUCAGAAAAAGCUUAUGCUUAUGUAUAUAAUACCACACAUUUUUACUAUUAUUCAUGCUUUGCAGUCUUUGAUUUGAGAGGCAAAUCUCAGUUGGAAGCAAAACUUAAUGUCUUGCAAACCAUUUAUUUAUGCUUAAUCAUCAUGGCCGCUAUAGCCUUUCUAUCAAAUGAUUUUCAGAAAAUCCUUUUGACUCCUUUAGAAAAUAUGAUAGAAAAGAUAUCAAGGAUAGCAGAAAAUCCACUUUCCGCUGCACAAAAAGAAGAAAGGGAUGCAGUCAUCAAUGAAAUUACUGGAAUAAAGAAGAAGAAAAAAAUUGAGUCAAUGGAAACUGCAUUUUUAGAAGAAACCAUAACGAAAAUUGGGCUGCUCCUUGCACUAGGGUUUGGAGAAGCUGGAUCAGAGAUUAUUGCUUUAAAUAUAAAAAAAGGAGGGGGAGAAGUCGAUCCUAUGAUUCCUGGAAAAUACACAAUUUGCAUAUUUGGGUUUUGUGAUAUCAGAAAUUUCACUGAUACUACAGAAGUUCUCCAAGAAAAUGUUUUGAAUUUCGUUAAUGAAAUUGCUUAUAUAGUUCAUAGCUUAGUCGAUAAAUACUCAGGGACUGCUAAUAAAAACAUUGGAGAUGCCUUUUUACUUUGUUGGAAAUUUCCUGAAGAGGCUAUAAAAGAUGACCCGAAAAAUCCUGAAGGCAAAAUUCUGCAUAGAAAUAUCAUGGUUAAAGAAAUAGCUGAUAUGGCUGUAAUAAGUUUUGUUAAAAUCAUUGCUGAAAUCAAUAAAAGUGAAAGGAUAUUGAAAUAUAAGCAAAAUCCUGGCCUGCUUGAAAGAAUGCCAGGGUAUGCUGUCAAAAUGGGAUUUGGUAUGCACCAAGGAUGGGCUAUAGAAGGGGCUAUUGGAAGUGAGUUUAAAAUUGAUGCUUCUUAUUUAUCACCGAAUGUAAACUUAGCUUCCAGGCUUGAAGCUGCUACAAAGCAGUUUGGUGUUCCUUGGGUGCAGGACCAAUGACAUUGGCUUUUUGAUAGUGUCCAUUUCACCGAAGUAUUUUUGGCCGAAAAUUGGUUGAAACUUUUUAAUACUGAGUCAUUUGACCGAAAAAAAAAGUUAAUUUUCGAUCAAAUGUCACACUAUUAAAAUUUUCGACCAAUGUAUUUCAGUGAAAUGUAUACUGUCAAAAAUCACUGUCAUUUGACAUGGAGCCAUGUUCCUUUACUCAUAAGUGAUGCUUUGUACAAUCUUUUUUCAAAUGUAACGAAAUCUAAAUUCCGAAAAAUUGAUAGAGUUACUGUCAAAGGCAGCAAAGAGCCUAUUGAGCUCUUUACAUGUGAUUUGAAUUUGUGUAAUCUUACACCAGUAGCAGAAAAAUCGGGCACUCAAGAAGAACUGAAGCAUGAAAGAGUUCUAGCAAGGAUCUCGAGAGAAAAAUUGUUAUUUCAAUGCAAAAAUGGAGAUUAUUCAGUUUGCAAUUUGUGAGAUGACGAUGAAGACCUGAAAUUGAUGAAAGCUGGAGUCAGUAAAAGAUUUAUAAACGCCUUUGAAAAAGCUUUAAAUCAUUAUUUUAUUGGGGAAUGAGAUCAGGCGAUGCAAGAAUUUAUUAAUGCACAGGAGAUUAAAGGAGAGAGAGAUGGACCAUGCGAAACGCUUAUGAGCUAUAUAGAAGAAGAAAAAAGAGAUACCCUUUGGAAUUGGUGUGGAUAUAGAGUUUUACUUGAUAAAUAA